AAUAGGUUAUGUUAUUAAACAUCGGUAGGAAAUCUGUUUACAAAAUUAUAACUAGAAUAUUAUUUUGUGAAGUGAUGGAAAUGAAUGUAGAAACAGCAGCCAGAAUAUGUCCGGUUCAGUUGGAAAAUGAAAGUUUGAUAUGCGUGCAAAGUAAUACGCUCAACAACACAAUCCAAUUAGCAAACAAUCAAACGUAUCCCGUAAACUACGCCUUACCUGCAAAUUGUUGCCAAAACACAGUGUUUCAAAGGGUAGUUGAACCGUUUAUUAACUAUCUAUUAGAAGGCUGUGAUGUAUCAAUUGUUACAUUUGGUCAACCGAAUUCUGGUAAGUCUUAUACACUAUAUGGACCAGGAUUCCAUUAUGCUGCCAGUGAAAUUGAGCAUGGUGUGGUCCCUAGAUUUGUAAGGGAAAUUUUCACAAAAGUUAAACAUUUCAAAGAUAGAACAUGGUCAGUUCACAUAACUUGGUCACAGAUAUGUGGAGAUACAGUACAAGAUUUGUUAGGGGGGGGCAGUGUUGAGUGUGAAGAUAUUUUAGAUGCAUUUCAAUUAAUCCAAGUUGGACUGACGAAUGUUGCUCCAAAAUGUGCCCAUACAUUGUUUACCCUGACAUUAGAACAACAAUGGAUUAUUGAUACAAGUGUGCAACAUAGAGUAUCCACAGCAAGUUUUGCUGACUUAGCUGGCUGCGAAAAGAUGUUAGUUUAUGACAAUAAUGGCUUACUUCAGACAUUGCCUCGUGAUCCUGGAUUACAAGCCCUACAGUCUUGUAUAAUGAUGCUUUCUGACCCUUAUUUUAAAAUGAGUCAUUGUAAUGCAACCGAAGUUCCUUACAGUCAGUCAGUUUUAACAACAUUAUUGAGGGAUUCUUUUGGUGGGCGAGCAAAAACCUUAUUAUUUUGCUGCAUUUCUCCCUUGGUGAAUGAUUUUCCGGAAACUUUAUAUACUCUUCAAUUAGCAUCAAGAGUUCAGCUAAUUAGGAAUAUGGUUACUGUUAACUCAUAUCUUACUUAUGAAACUAUCCAAGAUAAUACAGAUGUUUUUGGCCUCCAGUUUGCAGCAAAUCAGUUACUAAAACUUGUGUCAAAUGCUGAAGAACUCUUUCAAAAACUUGUGAUGACAGGCCUGUUAAAGAACCAAGAAUUGGAACAGAUAUCACACUGGUUGACUUUGAAACAGGAGUGUGAGGAGUGUUUGAGUGAGAAUUCUGAACCUCAUCGAUCAUUGGAACGAAUUGAAGAGGAAGAUACUGAAAAUUGCAGCGAUGACGGUUCGGAAAGUGAUGAAGGCUUAAUUGAGGAAGAUGAAUAUCAAAAUUUGUCCGAAAGAUUGGAUUUUUUGAUGGAAGAUUUCCAAACCACUACAGAUGCCUUAAUUUCCAAAGCCAACAAUAUGGACGCAAAUGGUGACUCUCACAUAAAAGGAUGCACAAAUAGUUCACCCAAUGCGAUAUAUCGCUUAAAAGGAGCUCGAGGUAGAAGAAUCAGCAUACAUUCUGUCGAAGAACUACGACCCAAUGUAUCAGUAAAUUCCUCGAUGAUAAGUGAAGACGACGUUAUAACUGAAAACGAGCAGAAGGAUGUUUCCAACACCCCUAUGACUUACGAGCUCAGAAAGAAGUUAAUUAAACAGUUAAAUAUUGCAAUACAGGGUUAUCAAAAACAAAUAAAUGAUCUGGAGCAAACUAUAAGAGUUAAAGAGAAUUUAAUAUACCAAUUGUUGAAACAUAGGGAUACCAAAUCUCAUGCUUAUUCGAAAAUUGAAUUGAAGUGUCAAAAAUUAAAAAAGGAGUUUGAAAGUGUGCAAGAAAAGGUGUCCCAAGCGGUUGUAAAUAAAAAUCGUUAUCUGGAGGCUAAAUAUAAAGAUGAAUUGGAUGAACUGGAAUCGAAACUAAAAGAUAUUGAAGAUUUAAAAAAUAUAACGGAUGACGGCAAUAGAAAGGUUAUGGAGCUAGAAAGCAGUUUGCAUACUUCAAAGAAGCAAUUGGAAAAGCUAAAGAAACACAAGAAGAGGGAUGAAAAGCGGAAACUAAAUUGCGAGUCUCAACUAAAAGGCGAGAAGAAGAAAAUAAAUGUUUCCAAAGAUAGUUGCGACAGCAUAGAUAAACAGAAAAAAAGCCAAGAUGAUUCCAAAGCUUUAGUUUUUCUUCCCACCGUUUAUUCUCCACAAUGCAGUAUUUCUUUUUCAACUGAAGAUCUAGAAAGAUAUCGACAUGAAAUUCGCAACUUGCGAAAAACUAGAGAGUAUCUGCUUGAGCAACGAUUCAAAAUUGAUACAACAUCUCAGAAUAAGAAAAUUCUUAACGAAAUUGAAGAAAGAAAGCUGCUGCAGUACGAAGAAGCAAUUGAAGCCAUCGAUUUAGCCAUUGAAUACAAAAAUGAAAUAUUGUGUGGGCACAGAAACAUAAAUGAGAAAGCUGUGGACAAGGUUGAGGAGCAGAGCGAGGUUAUGAUGAUGGAUAGACUGAUGCAACUUAACGAAAACGAAAUGAGAAUGUUGCUGUAUAAAUACUUUCAUAAGGUAAUUGACUUACGGAGCAGCAGCAAGAAAUUGGAAGUGCAGGUCAAUGACUAUGAAACUCAGAACGAGACUUUGAUCAGUAGAGUUCAGAAUCUGAGCCACACUCUACAGCAAGUGCGUUUAGAAGGUGAAAGAAGGGUUAUUAAUCUGCAGCAGCAACAUGAGGAUAAGAUCCAUUUGGUUUUGCGGCACCUGGCAAAUGAUAAUACUGGUGGGGAUGAUAAAAGAAUGAUAUCAAAAGUUUUCGGCAAGCAAAGUAUUCCAAGAUCGAUGUGCGGCACAAGUAAACUAGUAGAGAAAAAUAACAGUUUAAUAACAAGAUUUACUACCAGGAUAGCGAGGCACGAAAUAGUUCCAAGACAGCUUCAAGCAUCAAUUCCUUCCUCUCAGGCGAAAUUAACGAGGCAAAAGAAUAAACUGUUCAUUCAGCAAACCAAUAGUUAAGUAUGCUUUAUUGUAAUCUUUGGGAUUUAUUUUUAUAUGCUUCGCAUUGAAAUGUGGGUUUCUAAGAAACCGAAAAUUUUAGUGAGUGCUCUGUGGCAAUGUGUAGAGUGACCUUUUUAACAAUUUUAUUGCAUUUGAAUCUUUACAGAAUCCGAGUAAUUUUUUAGAACAACCGAUAAUUUUAAACCUGAAAAACAUUAAAGAAUCUUAAAGAAACUAUUCCCCGCUUUCCGAUCACAUUUUAGUAAAUAAUAUUUUGGAAUGGACUACAAAAUUUAAAUUUGAAACAUUUUAUAUUAGGAACAAUUUUUCAAAAAAAUGUUCUCCCCUCAUUACAUGCAUAUGUAAAAUGUUUGCCAGGCAAUUGCCAGAUAUGCACUUGAAUCGAGUGCUCCAAUGCUGUCAUCAAUUUGGAGCUUAAGUGAACUGGUCACUGGUCCAAAAACUCAUUUGACUUCUAGGUGCCAUGACUGAAAGAAAUCAUGAAUCUCUUUAUUGGAUGAAAUUUGAGAGUUAUUCAUUUUAUAUAUAUUAUUAAUUUUGCACCAAUUAGAAAAAGAUCCAAAUGCCUCAGAAGUACAAAAAAAUGGCCAUGAACACCCAAUAAUCUUAGCUUAAUGAGUAAUUCCUGUUGGCCCUUUUCAGAGCUUUAGAAAAAUUUGUGUAAAACAGAUCAGUCAGUCAUAUAAAAAAAAGAAAUACGAAAAAAAUUAAUAAUUAGUUAUCCAAAAAUCCCCGCCUUUUCAAUCCUAAAAUGCAGUUUAUAUUGAGGAUUGUUUAAUAGGCAUGUCACCCGGUAUACACGUGGUUCAAGCAACCCCAGUUAAGGUGAACAAUCAUUACUUAUUUGCUAGUUAGUUAAUUGCAAAGUGUUAGUGUCCUACAAUCACAAGACUAGAAGUCAAAUCCACCACGUAGGUGAGAAGUUUAAUUCUUAUGAACUAUAUUUACUAAAAAUGUGACAUUUUAUAAUAUACAUUAAAUUAGUGACAUUACAGUUUAUAGUUUCUAAGGGAUAUUAGCAUAAAUAAUUUUAAAAAAUCCUUGAGAAGUCGAUAUAAGUCAUUUUAUAUCUUAUUUUAUUUGCUCUUGUAUGUACUGUAUUGUACUGUAGUACUGAUUUCAGGUGUGGAAUGAAGUUGUUUUGAGCUUUCUAAAUAUGUAAUUGCCUACAUCUUUUGUUAACAAUAUAUACAUAUAUAAUAAUAUAUAGAUACUCUGACUACAACAUUUAAAGAUUUGAGUCCACCUACACGGUCUCAAACACUUAAGGUCCAACUAAAAGAGACCGCAUAAAUCAUUCAUGAAAUUGCCAUUGUUGUGAUGACACUAUAUGCAUGUGGCAAGGGACGAGUGGGGAGAGAGGUGCUGCCAAAAUAUGAAUCGUUGCUAUGGUAACUUUCAUAGUUAGGAGAAAAUCAUUCCCGUCAGGGGAAAUUAUUCAUUGGCGUGCGUGAUUAAAAUUGUCAAUUUGCAAAUAGUAAAUUGAAAUAAUAGACAAAGUAUCAUCUGUGACAAAGUUUUUUUACAACACGCCUCAAGUUACCUGGCAGUUUUAUUAUUGCCCCAAAAAAAGAUCCAAAUGAUCCAUUUUACCUUUUUUCCAAUAACAUAAUAUUUGUAAUUUAUAAAUAUCCCUUAACCUUUUAAUACAUAUUAAAAAUCCCAAAAACCCUGUUUUCCGCUGAGAUAGUGGUUUCCAACCUGUGAGGCGCGCAUGCUGCUGUUUCCAAAAUAUCAUUUUGUUUUUGUACUUUUGGAAGAUCAACACCUACAAAAUCGGGCUCAAAAUCUUUCGAUAAAAAUAAUACGGCAUCAAAGCCACGUUUGCUCAAUCUGAGUUUUCAGCGUCACUUUAAUUUAUUUACGUGCCCACUGUAAAUGUCACCUUAUAAUUUUAUUAGCGGCAUGCAAACCAAAAUUUUGUUUUUACAUAUUUUGAUACAUAAUUUUAUUGCUUUUUAUUUUGACUUCUAUCAACCAUAUAUGUUUGGGAAGUAAUUUCUGACAAGCUUUAUCACAUUCAAGACCAGCUAACACAUUUAUGAAAAAAUAGGCCACUGGAAUUUCCCAUGCCCUAUUUAUGCAGACAAGCAACUAACCAAAACUAACAUUUCUUUUGCUUCUGACAAAUUUGCUCCUACAUCCACAUAACCAGAAAAAUUUUCCUGUCGAUUCUACCUGUCGCCUGAUUGACAUUUCAUCCAACACCAAAUUGCAUAACCAUAUUCUAAUUUGUACCAUAAUAUAAUAAAGACUUAUUAAAUGUUUUUCUUACGAAAUUGUAGGCCCUUGGAGAGUAAAACGCCAAAGUUAGGGCAAAUGAUCUUAUUGAUUUGAGUUUUUGGAUUUUUCAACAUGCUUUAAAGAGACUUGACCGAUCCGGAUAAUGUUGUCUAAAAUUCUUAAAACUUCAUCACCAAAAAUUUAAUGCACUUUUACUGUUUUAAAACACAUGUCAAAAUCAAAAACUAUAAACUGUCUUAACAAUAGUUUUAGUUUAAAAAAAUAAUGUUGGUAACUAUGUAUUUGACAAACGCUUUAAAAAGCAAAUUUAAGCAAAUGCCUUAAAUGUACCUUGAGGGUACUUCUGAUGAUUCAAAUUUAUGAUUUAUGAUGAUUUAAUUUAGCAAGCCAUUUACUGUUGUAAUUGACAUAAUUGGUUAAAACUUCUGAUGCAAUGUUUGGCCAGGCAUGUAACUAGAGUUCACAAAAUGGAAUCAGAGAUUCAAAAGAUAUUGUCAUAUCCCCCUAAAAACCCUGAAAGAACGAAACUAAUUGGGACACUCAGAAAAAGCAGAAAUUACACAAACUCAGCAUCAGUCCAAAAAGCGGUUAAAAUGGGAGUUCUUCAGAGAGGAAUAUUGCCAUGCAUCGAUUAUCUAUCAAUUAGGAAAACUUGUGGUGGUAACACGUCGACAAAAACAGCUCAAUCAUUGGAAAUCUACCAUCAUAAGUAAUAAUAUGCAGAAAUAAUACACGACAUAAUAGAAUAAAAUUAACAAAUAUUAUCGCACGGGUUUGGGAGCAAUCGGAUUUUUUCGGAGAUUUUAACGCACGGCUGUCACGCAUGUCAUACUAAAAAACUAAUGGUCAUAGAAAAAGUACAGUAUGCAACGCGUUGGAUCACUCGUUUAUUGAACACUAGCUCCGCUCGUGCCAAAUAAACUCGUGACUCAAAUGCCGUUUACCACACUUGCUGCAUGAUAUAAAAAAAGGAAAGCACACUCCGACGUAGUACAAUACGCAAAUAAAAUGGAGAUUAAACUUCCCUAUAAUGACGACGGUGUAAGCGUCUGUUUAUUGCGAGGUUGUCACAUGAUAAAACUGCGUGCAAAAUUAUGAAAUAUACAGGGCGUUCACAGUGAAAAUAUUUUAAAAAUGGAAGAAAAGAAUUUACCAUUAUUAUAAAACUUCAGAAAUUGAAAUUUAUGCCGAAACAAUGUAAUCCAGUAAAAGGCAACUUUUCUUUAUUCCUAAACAUUACGCAUCCCCGAAAUCAGAGCAAAAAUGUCUAGAGCCCCUGUACCCUUUAAAAUAUUGAAAAUUGACAUCUUAUCUUCAUAAGAGUAUAUAGUUGCUGCAUCUCGAUAAUGGUAAGGCAUAAGGAUUUAGGGAAAAUCUAUAUAAAUAACGUUGGACAAAGUUAGAUUCUAUUAGUAUUAUAGUCACUAAUUAAUUUAUUAUUACCCAAGUUAACAAAAAGACAAGCCAAAUAGUUUUGAAGGAUAUAAUAGUUCGACACAAUUAACACUGAAAUUGGGCUUUUAAUAAUUUUAGUAAUAAAUCAUUUUGCCUUACGUUUUUUUUCGUAUUAAUUCGUAUAAUUAAACAUUUUUCAAUAUAGCUGAGCCAAUUUGAGUACAAUUAUGAGCCAGACAUUUAUUAGAAGUACAAGAUUAUCUGAACCAAAAUGGCAUAUAUGGCAUAGAUAUUUGAUUCUGAUUUAUGCUUAAUAUCGUCAAAACUACUCGGCACUAAAAACUUUUUGAAUAGAUGAAGCUAAGUAAUCUAAAAGUUUUUUUCCUAAGUGUUUACCAUUUGAGGUACUACUGCCUUAUGCCCUUAUUUGGUCACUCUAACCAAGCAAUCUCAAUAAGGCUGAUCUAAACUAUAGCUACCUUUUGUUAGCCGUUUAUUUAGUAGUGUUAAAUUUGUGUGAUAACUGUAGUAUUGUUUAUAUUAUAUAAAUAUG